GUCAUCGUCAUGGUAACAGACGUCAAUGACAACGCGCCUCAACCGGAAAUGAGAAAAUAUGACACGGAAAUAGACGAAAACAACGAACCGGAAGUAGCCAUUUUUAAAAUGGCGGCCGUGGAUCUGGACGAUGGAGACAAUGGACGCAUUGGCUAUUCAAUACUUAAGGAAAAAGUAGUAGCAGCAUCAUCAUCAUCGUCGCAUUUUUCAAUAGACGAAACGACCGGUGAAAUAAAAGCCUUAAUUAGUUUCGACUACGAACGCGCCCGCGCUUACGUCAUCACGGUCGUUAUCAGUGACCAUGGCCAGCCGCCCCUAUCUAGCACGGCCCUGGUUCGAAUACACGUGAAGGAUCUGAAUGAUAACCGACCGACGUUCAACAAGACCGUCUUCUACAUGUCGGUAUGCGAG